CCAAAAGCAAGAUGGAUGCUAUGGGUGCUGUGACAAUUGAUCCUGCCGCUUCAAUUCGACCUGUUACACAAAGUAACACAUUAAUUCAGCAAACGAAUAAACAAACAUUUUUUCAUUACACACCUGAAGAUGAUUGUUUUUAUCUUGUAACUUGCAAAAAUAUUUUACAAGAACCGUUCUUAGAUAACCAUGUUUAUGAUCAUGGAUUUUUUUUCAGCAAUUCAGUUGCAAAAUAUUACGUUACAUGCAAAUAUAUUCCACAUUCUUUGAUUAUAAGUUUAUUGAAUAAAGAAUUAUGUAGAAUGGAUCAUGGCGCAAUUAAUUUGAAUCGAAAAGAAUCAUUAUUUUUGAGUCAAAAGUUCAAUUUAGAGCAAGACUUGAAACAAAUUCUUCCUUCACACCUAAUAGAGCAUAAUAUUCCUGAAAGGAAAGAUGAUAUAAAUUUUCAUGUUAAUAAUAUACCGACAACACGAACAACCGUUCAAACUAAUUUUGAUAAUAACUUAUCGUUUAAUGAUAAUUAUUUUGCCAACCAAAGAGUAAAUGCGGUUGGAGGUUACACUCAUGUCAUUGACUCACAUUUCAAUAAUAGUAUCCCACAACAAAUUCUCGAAAGAGAUACGAGACCAGAUUAUAAUGGAAAUAUAAAUUCAUUCCAUGACAAUAUUGCAAUGACAACACAAACAGACUCAAUAACUAAUGAUCAAACCAAUUUCAAUAGCUCGCACCACCAAAAUGGAGUUGAAAGUUUUCAAAUUCCCGAUGAUGAUCACCAAGAUGUUGACUAUACUCAUAACUCACAGCAACAAGUUGAUCUCGCCAAUUUCCCACAAUAUCAUAUUCUUGAGAGUAAAGAAAAUAUUGAAAAUUAUGUGACAUCAGUAGUUCCAAUGGCAGAUACUAAUCAAAAUUAUAUCGAUAAUGACUUACCACGCAAUGAUCGCAAUGAUCACAAUUAUCGCCAAAAUGUAUAUACUCAUCAGCAAGUUGAGCUAUCCGAUUUUCCAUCACAACACAUUCCUGAAACGAAACUGGAUUUUGAUAAUGCGUUUGAUGGAAAUAUUGGGAAUGAUUUAACUAUAACACAAGCUGUUCCAGAUUAAAAUUAUUAAAAUGGGUAAUGCGAUAUUUAAUAUAUAUCCUAAUUACCGUAUUCGAUUUUUAAAUUUUUUCCUUAUUAUAAUUAAUACCAUAAAAUUAUAAAUAACCUUAAUAAAUAUCAAGCAUUCAAAUAUUAACAAAAUUACCAGAUUGAUUAACGUUAAGCUUAAACAUAUUUAUUAUUUAUUUAUUUUCUUCUGGAACCGGAAGUGACAGAACCAGCAUUUAAAUUAUUCUAAGUUAUCUCCAUUUUUAAAACAUUGUUAAAAUUUAUAAAUACAACAGAACAUUAACUUUUGGGAUAGGUUGAUUUUUG